ACUUUCUAUAUAAUAUCCCAGUCUCAACGUGCAUGGAGUCCGAGCUAGAGGUCAUCCGAUGCUUGAGAUUGGCACUGACCGAUGCUGUCAAGGACAUUGUACAGCAGAUAAUAUUUGUGAUGAGCUCUGGGAGGAACUGUGAGACCAACUUCAACAAGCACAGAGUUCCUGAUUGUUUGCGUGAGAGCAUUCCCAAGGAAUGGAAUUAUAUUCCACAAGAACCUAAAAGGAAGGAAUCAAUCAAAGGCUUCACAAGGCUUGCUGCUCAGGCAGUAUCUAUUGUAAUCAGCAAGUUACCUACGGUGAUUGCAUGUUUGCCUCCCCCAAUUAAAUACUUCUUUUUUCUGUCUGAGAGAAAAAUGUCAAAAAACUUUGUUGAAUUGAAGAAAGCUAGCCUUCUUGUCUGGAACUUGAUUGUAAUCAUAUGUCGGAUAUUUGAGGAUGGAAACACUGUGGAACUUUUAACAGGUGCCUCCCUUGACAGAGGGAGUAAAGAGAAACUUGGUUUAAUCUGUGUGUGUUUGGAAAGCAUCAUGGGAAAGCAGACAAGGGGCCCUAAUCACAUGACCCAGAAGGUCAUACAGAGCAUCGAGCAGGAAAAACCCAACUGGCUUGAGAGCCAGUUGGUGAAAGCAAGGAAACUGAGCACCGAAUGGUAAGGCGACGUUUUUCUCUCAUUGAAUUUCAUCAGAUAACAUUCACAAUAACAAAAUCACCAAUAAACAACAAC